AUGCCGCCGGCCCGGCUCCCGCUGUGCUGGCUGCCGCUGCUGCUCGCGGGGCUGCUGCCGCCGGCGCCCGCACAGAGGUUCUCCGCGCUCACGUUUUUACGCGUCGAUCAGGACAAGGACAAGGACUGCAGCCUGGAUUGCGGGGGCUCCCCCCAGAAGCCGGUCUGUGCGUCCGACGGGAGGACCUUCCUGUCCCGCUGCGAGUUCCAGCGCGCCAAGUGCAAGGACCCGCAGCUGGAGAUCGCGUACCGGGGCAACUGCAAAGACGUGUCCCGGUGUGUGGCCGAGCGGAAGUACACACAGGAGCAGGCGAGGAAGGAGUUCCAGCAGGUGUUCAUCCCGGAGUGCAGCGAGGACGGCACCUACAGCCAGGUCCAGUGUCACAGCUACACGGGAUACUGCUGGUGCGUGACACCCAACGGGAGGCCCAUUAGCGGCACCGCCGUGGCCCACAAGACGCCGCGCUGCCCGGGUUCCACAAAUGAAAAGUUACCUCAGCGGGAAGGCACGGGGAAGACAGAUGAUGCCUCAGCCCCCGCGCUGGACACGCAGCCCCAAGGCGACGAAGAAGAUAUCGCCUCGCGCUACCCGACGCUGUGGACAGAACAGGUUAAAAGCCGGCAGAACAAGACCAAGCACUCAGCGUCCUCGUGCGACCAGGAGCAGCAGUCGGCGCUGGAGGAGGCGCGGCAGCCGCGCAGCGAGGACGUGGUGGUGCCCGAGUGCGCGCGCGGCGGCCUCUACAAGCCGGUGCAGUGCCACCCGAGCACCGGCUACUGCUGGUGCGUGCUGGUGGACACGGGCCGGCCCAUCCCCGGCACCUCCACCAGGUACGAGCAGCCGAAAUGCGACCACACGGCCAGGGCGCACCCCACCAAAGCCCGGGACCUCCACCGGGGCCGGCCGCUGCAGGGCUGUCCUGGUGCCAAGAAGAAUGAAUUCCUCACGAGCGUGCUGGACGCCCUGUCCACCGACAUGGUGCACGCCGUCUCCGACCCCUCCUCCCCCGGCAGGCUGUCCGAGCCCGACCCCAGCCACACGCUGGAGGAGAGGGUGGUGCACUGGUACUUCAAGCUGCUGGACAAGAACGCCAGCGGGGACGUGGGCAAGAAGGAGCUGAAGCCCUUCAAGCGGUUCCUGCGGAAGAAGUCCAAGCCCAAGAAGUGCGUGAAGAAGUUUGUGGAGUACUGCGACCUCAACAACGACAAGGCCCUGGCCCUGCCCGAGCUGAUGGGCUGCCUGGGCGUGACCAAGGAGGAGCGCAGGCCGGGCGGCAGGAAGCGGCACACCCCCAAAGGCACCACAGAGAGCACUUCCAAUCGACAGCCCAGGAACCGAGGAUGA